UGCCACAUAGAGAGUUCAUAUUUGGCAUCGUUGAACAGUCGAAGAGAGUAAUAUCGAAAGAUAUCGAUAUCUAAGCACAAUCCAUAUUACGGUAUUGAUAUAUCGAUAUAUUGACAUUUUGAUAUAUAUCAACAACCCUACAACUUUUUUGUCAAUCACUUUUUUUGUCAAGAAAACAUUUUUGAGAAGCCAGUUGUGAAAAUGGCCUCUCAAGGCGAUCUUAUUGCACAAUUCAUAGAAAUCACUGGGUCCGACGAAAACACGGCCAGAUUCUAUCUGUCCAGCUGUGACUGGGACAUUGAGCAAGCUCUUGGAAAUUACUGGAGCACCCAAGCGGAUGUGCCGCUUCCAGCUCAAACGGUCGGGCAAUCAGAUAACCCAACUCCGAAAGCGAGACCCACUUCCAGCAGUGGAGCAGCAGCAUCGACUGCCGAAUCAGCGGCUAAAACCUCUGCUGAUGUUGGACCCACGGGAUCAAAGGCCAAGCCAAAGUUCGCCACCCUGAGCGAUAUGUCCAAGCAGCAGUCAUCCAGCGACGAUGAGCAGCAGGCCUUCUACGCCGGCGGCUCCGAUCGUUCGGGGCAACAGGUCUUGGGCCCGCCGAAGCGUAAAAACUUCCGUGAACAAUUAACCGACAUGAUGCGUUCUGCGCAGGAGCAGAAUAUUGCUGAGGUGGGCCCCACAACCAGCAGCGGCGGCGGUGGAGGUUCUGGCUCCAGUGGCAACGUCUGGGGCCAGGGAAUGAGGCUGGGUAUGACGGACAAUGACCACACGGCUGUGGGCACCAGUCGUCCGGCCCAGACGUCUGAAAAUAAGCCGGUGGUUGUCCUGAAGCUGUGGAGCCAAGGGUUCUCUAUUGACGGAGGGGAGCUGCGUCACUAUGACGAUCCACAGAACAAAGAGUUCCUGGAGACCGUGAUGCGCGGAGAAAUACCUCAGGAACUCUUGGAAAUGGGUCGAAUGGUUAACGUCGAUGUGGAGGACCAUAGGCAUGAAGACUUUAAGCGCCAGGCAGUACCGCAGACGUUCAAGGGCUCCGGCCAGAAGCUAGGAAGUCCAGUGGCCAAUGUGGUCACCGGAGAGCCAAAAGUUCCAGUUGCAGCACUGACCCCAGGAGAGGCUGCCAACCAAGAGGCUAGUGCCCGCAACGCUAUCAAUUUAAAUUCCGAAGAGCCCUCAACCACUUUGCAGAUUCGACUGGCAGAUGGUUCUCGGCUGGCAGCGCAGUUCAACUUGUCGCACACCGUCUCAGAUAUUCGUCGAUUCAUCCAAACGGCACGUCCUCAGUACUCAUCUAGCAAUUUCGUCCUGGUGUCCUCGUUUCCCACCCGUGAACUGAGUGACGACAGUUCCACUAUCGAGAAGGCUGGCCUCAAGAACGCGGCUCUCAUGCAGCGUCUUAAAUAGAUCCUAGGUUAAGUACGAAGAAGUCUAUGAAAUAAAACUGGAUUUGAUGCAGGCGGGCGAGCCACGGCCGGAUCGGAGUCUUAUAAAUGUCUAUUAAUUAUACAAUAUAUCCAAAUUAUGUGAAAAAUCUUUAUGGCAGUCAAGCAAUCUCUCAAAUUA